AUGGCCAGCAGGAUGGCCAGCAGGAUGGCGGAGGAGAAGGCCAUCACCGUCUGCGUGCGCCUGCGGCCCCUCAGCAGGAAAGAAGCUCUUGGAGGGGCUAUGCAAGAUCACUGGAAAACUGACAAUAAUACUAUUUAUCAAGUUGAUGGAAGUAUAUCCUUCAAUUUUGAUCGUGUCUUUCUCAAUAAUGAAUCGACUGAAAAUGUGUAUGAAGAAAUAGCAGUACCAAUCAUAGACUCUGCCAUGCAAGGCUACAAUGGUACUAUAUUUGCCUAUGGGCAGACUGCUUCAGGCAAAACAUAUACCAUGAUCGGUUCCAAAGAUGAUUUAGGAAUAAUCCCCAGGGCAAUUCAUGACAUUUUCAACAAAGUUAAGAAGUUUCCUGAUAGGGAAUUUCUCUUACGUGUGUCUUACAUGGAGAUAUACAAUGAAACCAUUACAGACUUACUCUGUGACACUCAAAAAAUGAAACCUUUAAUAAUUCGAGAAGACUUCAGUAGGAAUCCGUAUGUGGGUGAUCUCACAGAGGAAGUUGUUUAUACACCAGAAAUGGCUUUGAAGUGGAUCACAAAGGGAGAAAAGAACAGACAUUAUAGAGUUACGAAAACGAAUCAGAGAAGCAGUCGUUCUCAUGCUAUUUUUAGGAUGAUUUUGGAAAGUAGAGAGAAAGAUGAACCCUCUAAUUGUGAAGGAUCUGUCAAGGUGUCCCAUUUGAAUUUGGUUGAUCUUGCAGGCUGGGAAAGAGCUGAAAAAACAGGUGCUGAAGGUGUGAAACUCAAGGAAGGCUGUAAUAUAAAUCGUAGCUUAUUUGUUUUGCGACAAGUGAUCAAGAAACUUAGUGAUGGACAAGAUGGUGCUUUCAUAAAUUAUCGAGACAGCAAAUUAACACGAAUUCUCCAGAAUUCCUUGGGAGGAAAUGCAAAAACGUGUAUUAUCUGCACAAUUAUUCCAGUGUCUUUGAAUGAAACCCUGACUACUCUUCAAUUUGCCGGAACUGCUCAGUCUAUGAAGAAUAUCCCUUAA